AUGUCUCAAACAACAAAUAAUAAUACUACUACAAAUAGGAAUAAGACUAUUCCUGAUACUACUACUACUACAACUACUACUCCUUCUUCUCAAGAUGUUCAAUCGCAACAAACAGUAUUGGGAACAAAAAUGUUAUCAGCAGUUGGGAUUAUAGAAUCUGUUAUUUGUAUAAUAGAAUAUACAGCUACUUUGAUUCUAUUUCAAAGUACAUUGAUAUUGAUUACACAAUAUCUACCACGUGGAUCAUUACCACAUCAAAUCAUGACCAAUACCAAUGUCCUUACAACUCUAUCAUAUACUUGUGAAACUAUUUAUAUCCUCUAUCGUUAUAAAUAUCUAUUUAAAUAUGUUCAAGAUUUACCCAAAUGGUUUGGUAUUACUCCUUUUUCAUUUAAACUUUUAAAUAUUAAAUUUGAUGGAGCAAAAUGGUUUAUGAUAUUACAAAUGUCAAUAUUUAUUGUUUUUCUACUUUUACAAUAUACAUUUGAUUUAUCAUUGUUUUCUCUCAACAAUGUUAUCGAUUCGACUAGUGGUAAUAUUGACUUUGCUCAACUUUCACUUUCACUCUUUGUAGCUCCAGUCUCUGAAGAAAUAUUAUUUAGAGGUAUCAUUUUUUAUUGUUUAAAAAGAAGAAAUAAUAAUUUAAAAUUUUGUGUAUUAACAUCAAAUAUUUUAUUUGGAUUGUAUCAUAUUGUAAAUGCAAUCAAUGCAGACAUGACAAUGUUUUACAUUAAUUUACAAAUUUGGUUGGAUGCCAAGUUUAUGGGUAAAAAGAAACGUAGAAACUCUAGUAUAUCAAAAGUGUUUCUUGGUGACUUUUUAUCGCUCUCUAACAAUGUAUCUAUACUCAAACUAAUAUCUCGUUAUGGUGACAAUCGUAUUCUAUUCUCUGAUGUACUCAUCAAAGUGAACAAACGAAACAAGAUGCAAGAGAGAAUCAUAUUUAUAACGGAUAGUGCCAUCUACAAUGUAACACCAUCAGAUUACAAACUUAAACGACGUAUUGCUAUUGCAUCAUGUUCUUCAAUCUCUAUGAGUACAUUUGAAGAUAACUUUAUUGUCAUUCACGUUCAAGGAGAAUAUGAUUAG